GGUUGGGGUUGGGUGGGAGGAGAUCGCUCGCACACACGAGGAGGGUUGAGCUGGUGCCGCCGUUGUCGUCGCGAGUGCGGAGUUGCGACCGGAGCCUUCGCCGCGACGACGCCGGGGACUGUGUCGCUAGCCCCCGGCCCCUCUGCCUCGUCGCUUCGCCGGGUCAGCGCGGCCUGCUCCUGCCCGGCCCGUCGCCCCCCGCCUCCAUUUCCCGCCCUCUCUUCACCACACACACGGCCCCCCCGAUCAUGGAUCCGGGCAGUGGUGGCGGCGGCGGCGGCGGCGGCGGCGGGAGCAGCAGCGGCAGCAGCAGCAGCGACUCGGCGCCCGACUGCUGGGACCAAGCGGACAUGGAAGCCCCCGGGCCGGGCCCGUGCGGUGGCGCCGGCGGCCCCUUGGCGGCGGCGGCGACCGAGGCCCAGCGUGAGCACCUCAGCGCGGCCUUCAGCCGGCAACUCAACGUCAACGCCAAGCCCUUCGUGCCCAACGUCCACGCUGCCGAGUUCGUGCCGUCCUUCCUGCGGGGCCCGACCCAGCAGCCGCUGUCCCCAGCUGGCGCCGCCGCCCCCAACCACGGAGCCGGCAGCGGCGCUGGAGGUCCUCCGGCACCUGCGGAACCUUCUCAAGAGGAACAGUCGUUGCUAUGUGAAGGUUCAAAUUCAGCUGUUAGCAUGGAACUUUCAGAACCUGUUGUAGAAAAUGGGGAGACAGAAAUGUCCCCAGAAGAAUCAUGGGAGCACAAAGAAGAAAUAAGUGACGCAGAGCCAGGGGGUGGUUCCUUGGGAGAUGGGAGACCCCCAGAGGAGAGCGCCCAAGAAAUGAUGGAGGAGGAAGAGGAAAUACCAAAACCUAAAUCCGUGGUUGCACCGCCAGGGGCUCCUAAAAAAGAACACGUAAACGUAGUAUUCAUUGGGCACGUAGAUGCCGGCAAGUCAACCAUUGGAGGACAGAUAAUGUAUUUGACUGGAAUGGUUGACAAAAGGACACUUGAGAAAUAUGAAAGAGAAGCUAAAGAGAAAAACAGAGAAACCUGGUACUUGUCUUGGGCCUUAGACACAAAUCAGGAAGAACGAGACAAGGGUAAAACAGUCGAAGUGGGCCGUGCCUAUUUUGAAACGGAAAAGAAGCAUUUCACGAUCCUGGACGCCCCUGGCCACAAGAGUUUUGUCCCAAACAUGAUUGGUGGCGCUUCUCAAGCUGAUUUGGCUGUUCUGGUCAUCUCUGCUAGGAAGGGAGAGUUUGAAACUGGAUUUGAGAAGGGCGGACAGACGAGGGAACACGCGAUGUUGGCAAAGACGGCAGGUGUGAAGCACUUGAUCGUGCUCAUUAAUAAGAUGGAUGACCCGACAGUGAACUGGAGCAGCGAGAGAUAUGAAGAGUGCAAAGAGAAACUAGUGCCAUUUUUGAAGAAAGUUGGCUUCAAUCCCAAAAAGGACAUCCACUUUAUGCCCUGCUCGGGACUGACCGGAGCAAAUCUUAAAGAGCAAUCCGAUUUCUGCCCUUGGUACACUGGUUUGCCAUUUAUUCCGUAUUUGGAUAAUCUGCCAAAUUUCAAUAGAUCAGUUGAUGGACCAAUCAGGCUGCCAAUUGUGGAUAAGUACAAGGAUAUGGGCACCGUGGUCCUGGGAAAGCUGGAAUCAGGAUCUAUUUGUAAAGGCCAGCAGCUUGUGAUGAUGCCAAACAAGCACAACGUGGAAGUUCUUGGAAUCCUUUCCGAUGAUGUAGAAACUGAUUCUGUAGCCCCAGGUGAAAACCUCAAAAUCCGACUGAAAGGAAUUGAAGAGGAAGAGAUUCUCCCAGGAUUCAUCCUUUGUGACCCUAAUAAUCUUUGUCAUUCUGGACGCACAUUUGAUGCCCAGAUAGUGAUCAUAGAGCACAAGUCCAUCAUCUGCCCAGGCUAUAACGCGGUGCUGCACAUUCACACCUGCAUUGAGGAAGUCGAAAUAACAGCCUUAAUUUGCUUGGUAGACAAAAAAUCAGGAGAGAAAAGUAAGACCCGACCCCGUUUCGUGAAACAAGAUCAAGUAUGCAUUGCUCGCUUAAGGACGGCGGGAACCAUCUGCCUUGAGACCUUCAAAGACUUCCCUCAGAUGGGGCGCUUUACCUUAAGGGAUGAGGGUAAAACCAUUGCAAUUGGAAAAGUUCUGAAACUGGUUCCAGAGAAAGACUAAGCAUUUUCUUGAUGACCCUGCACAGUACUGUGAGGAAAAUUGACUGCAAAAGCCUACUUCACACCGCCUUCUCUCAUUUUCUGCCCAUUGACAAACUUCUCCCCAUAUUUUGCAAAGACGAAAUUCACAGCAAAAGUCCACAUAAUGUCAGCUUUCUCAUAUUGAGAGCUCUGCUAUGCCACUGUUGAAUUUUCCCCAGGUUUUUUUUUCCCCUCCCCUCCCAAACUCUGCUUCCUUGGACAGAUUUGGCAAUAGCUUUGUAAGUGAUGUGGACAUAAUUGCCUACAAUAAUGAAAACUUACCGGAAUUUUUUUAUUUUUCAUCUUCCCCUUAGACCUACUUAGUCUUUUUCCCCCAGGCAGAUCAUUCUGAGUGUGCGAGUGUGUGUGCACAUGUUACAGAGACAACUACCAUGUUAAUAAAAUAUUCAAUUUGAAAUCCUUUUCGGUAUUUGAAUUGCUUUUGAAUAAUAUUUUUUAUCUGGAUGUAACAUUGUUGCAUUAGCUUUUUAACUUACCAAGUAACUGAGUACCUUUUAUUGCUUGGACUUUUCUAAACUCCUUCCCCUAUCCACUACUUUAAAUGAGGCAUUUACAAACGAUGUUCGUGUUUGUAUUAAAGGAAAGAACUCGUUGGACCCCUCCUUUUGAUGGCUGAUGCAUACAUACAGUUAAACGCCUUUAUGCGACGGUGACGCUGCUUUCGUAGGUCUGUCCCUUACGUUCCGCCAGUUUGUAUUUUAACACGACUUCUUAAACACAGUAAGUUGUCUUAAAGAACAGCAUACUGUCGUUUUUAUAAGUAAAGCAUAAUGAAAUUGUACCCCUACGGAAAAUUCCAUUCACUCGUUAAAUUAGUGGAAUUUGCAAUAAAGACAGCAUGUUGAGACCUGGCAAAAAAUGCCUCCUUUAGUAUUUAUAAGAGCUGCAUGCAUCUAGUAUGAAAACCCGUAUCAGUCGCAAGUGCCACUUCUACAAACGACACCGUUUACUACCUGUGUCGGUAAUUUUAAAGGCUGGAUGAUCCUUGCUGGCGAAAGCUGCAUCUCGUCCAGCGGCUAUAAACGAACACCUGUUUAGAGCCGCCGAAUCUGCACCGACGGAAGUUAGCAGUGAUCAGUGGAAUCAAGCACAGUAUCGACGUUUUUCUAUUAUUUGAAACUGACUGUUUUCUUAAAUACAAAGCGGAAAUUUGCUAACCUGUAAUUUGGAAGAGCCACACUGGAGCAUUGUGGGGGUUUUUAGAUGGAAGGCUGACUUUCGACCGCAGCUGUCGUGACUUUGAAAUUUUUAACGAGAGUAACUAGGAAAUGGAAGAGCCGCUUUCUGCGUUUCCUGGGAGGCCCCCCCCCCCCCCCCCCCGCCCUUGAUUUUCAGUGUUGCCGUUUGUCAAAGACCUGACCUCUUUUAGACUGUGGUUUAUCUCGAAAUAAGAUACUUUGUAAUUGUGUAUUUAAUGUAGUGUGCCCUGUAAUCUUCCUCAGAAAAGAAAAGCCUAGUCAGACUGUAUUUCCAGUCACAAAAUAUAAAACUUAAUCUAAUCCUGUUCUCUUAACUUUCGAAUUACCAUGCAUUUCAUGAACGAGGCUGUACCUUAGGGACGGAGCAAAGCUCUUGCCCUAAAGCUCCCUAGAACCAUACUCGUGGCUAUUAAAGUGCAUGAAAUUUAGCUAAAUUUUACUAUGUCUGCAAAUCUCUGGGCUUUUAUUUUUCGGGGAAAUAGGGGAGGUCUAAUCCGUACUUAACGCCUCUUUUUUGUACUUCCAAGGUAAUAGGAACAGAAUAGCAGUUGCCUAGAUUUUAAUGAAUCUUUAAACGCGUAAGAGUUGUUGAAAUUACUUCCAAAACUAGAUUUCCAUUUUUAAACUGAACUCAUUUUUGAAAACCAGUUCUGUUUGCUGUUACAACAUUUACACUUCGAGAAUAUCAGGCACACGUUGCCAAGACUCCGCCGCAAGACGAACGGAUGCCGGCUGUGAAGGGCCUACGUCUGAAAAAGAAAAGAUCACGAACAUAAGUAAAAUGACGAAAGAAAGAUCUCACCGGAUUCGUUUUACAUUUGUGCAAAUAAUCAGAUGCUUUAAAAGAAACCUCGCUGUUUAAUUUAACCACCACCUUACGUUCUGUGGGCUUUGAAGUUCUUUGGGAAGUGCGCGCGCGUCGAAGAGCGCUGAUGGAUUUUAAACUCCUGGUGACCCUGGCCGGUGACCUGGUUGGGGAAAUGCAGCGUGUGAAGGGAGCUGGCCGUGGGCGAUGCCGGGCCCUUCCAAAGCAGUUCGGGUUCCUGUGCUGCCGUUCUGUUCUCUGCAAGCGCACGUGUGCUGCUGUGGCUGACGGUGCAAACACAGGGUAGCUGACCGCAGAUGAGGGUGAUACCGAAACAGUUUGUUCUCUGGCUUUGGCGUAGAUACGUUAGAAUCACAACUUUCUUUGCAUCUCUUUGCAUUCAUGUUCUGGAUACAACUUUCAUGCUUGAUUAUUCAUAGUUUUUUAAAUUAAUGAAUUUAAGACAAGAAAGCUAUCCUUGAAAUGAACAUCUUAAGUAACUGCCAUUUUCCACCCUUGACUGCGGGAGAGGGGUAAAUCUAGCAUCUGUUUCUUGUCUUUAAUUUGCCAAAAAGGACUUGUCCAGCGAAAGUCCACGUAAAACCAAACCCAAAGAGUCGGACCGAGCAGCUGUCGCCAUGAAACGAGGUGACAGAGAGUAAAGUGUUCUUGAAUAAUGAAGCCCGUGCGUAUUUCUUCGUUUGGAACUGAAAGUCUUGAAAUCUGUGAUACCCGGAUGUCAGACCUUUGUAAGUUGUGAAAGUACAGGCGGUUCGCCGUAUCGAGUGGUAAUUCACACUGGUCACGAGAACGGCUUUUCCGGGAUGCGAUGGACUUUGAAGGGGCCGAUGAGCUUGGACCGUGACGGAAGUGCUGCGGGAUAUUUGGGGUCAUACUUUCCAUCAGAUGUGGUUUUGCGACCCAAGAACAAGGCGAGCCUGCGGUCAAACGCUGCUUCCGUGAUGAACUCUUGACAAAACCCCGCUAGACUCCCUGGCAUCUUCGGGAACACUAGUCCCCGGCUGUCACCGCUCCGCGGUCUGUGAGGACGGUCCCACGGGGCAGCGUUUCAGCUGCCCUCCUUGCUGUCAGCCUUCCUCACGGCCCCGCCACUGCGUCCCUGGUGGCUUCGCUGCCUUGGGGAGGGACUUCAGGUAGUCGAGGGGCAGAUCGUUCUUAGGACCGCUCUGACCAUCCGGCGACUUUGAAACCUUUAAAACCCUUUGUGAACAUUCUGGUUUGCUGCACUAGAGCGGACUGUUGAACGAUCUGAUGUUCUGGACAGGGUUGGCCUACCUUCUCAGAGAAACUGUGCUAGUAAUCCUCUCACAGACGUGCGUGAGGCAGACGGCAGUCAGAAGGAUUUAGGGGACGAUAUUCUGUCUCCAAAUGCCAUGGCUUCUAUUUCCUCCACCUCCUUUCUCAGUGACCCUAGCACGAUGCCGUCUAAUACGUCCACGCUUUGCUUCUUCAGAGAUCGCCGUGGCAGCCGCUUGGUAAAUAAAUAAAUGUAAUUUCACAUGCACAACUCAGACGACUUCUUGGUAGGUUUCAAUCUAGCCGUCAGUUGGUUAGAUUAGAUUUCCUAGUGAGUGGAAUCGGAACUGUUUUUAUUUGCCUCGCGACAGUUCAGUGGAUUCCAUUUGAACCAAUUUACUGCCAGAAUUCAGAUCGGGUAGGUUUGGUUCAACCUGUGAUGGUUUGGGCUCUAGGGUACUGUUGACUUUUGGUAUCCUAGAACAUACUGAGACUUCCCUUCAGUUAAUACGCUAUUUCACAUACCUCUAAUCCGAUGCUUCCUUGAAACGGUAAUAUGCUAGCCGAGCCAAUUACUAAGGAAUGUUCUCAGCGCCUGGAGGUGGGGGAGUGGACAGGAGAACCUGGUACAUUCUCCAGCGUCAGGGAAAAGCGGAUAGGCACCACGUCCGAUGAGGCGGAAUUUUGCAAGCAGCCGUCGGAAUGGGAACUGUCUUUUCUACCUUGCCACACACGCCACUGUGCCCUUUAAAACCUACCACUGGAAACCUCAGGUCUGUGGCCAGCCAAGGUGGAAGGACGUUUCGUGCUUCCCGAGGCUCCGCACGUCCCCCCGAGUCCCUGCUGCCUCCUUCCCGCUGCCCGGGGCUCCCGCGCUCCUCAGGGGACCAUCCACAUGCUUGAGGUGCACCUGCGCUCUGAGCCCAAGGUCUGCGUUUUAGGGACCCCCCCCCCCGGGCUCUCAGAAAUGGACUCCCCUGAGUUGACAAGUUUCUUCUGUUCUAAAGGAAAUGGGGAUCUCUCUCAGGCCAGGAUUUAGCGACUAGGUUUUACUAGACAGCAUAGGACAAUACCUAGCUCUCAUUUUUAAAAAAAAAGCCAGAGAAUUCAAGGGAACGGAGUAGGUCUGCUGGGGUUUUUAACCUGAUUCCAAAGCGUGGCAGAAUGCUCUCUAGGUAGGAACGGUGGGAAUCCAAGGUAGAGAAACCUUUUUCUUAUGAUUUGUAGCUACCUACUGUGCCUGACUUGAUGCCUGUGUGAGGAUUAAGCCCCUAGUCGCUCUUGCAAUUAUUCAAAUGACUGAAGUUAAAAAAAAAAAAAAUUGCUUUUGUAAUAACAAUAAAGAUUGUCAUCUUCCCUUUUGAA